AUGGACCACAAGCCAGCAGAGAAUAUGUUUUCCGACAUACAGUUCUCACCACACGCCUCAGAAUACAAUCAAGUUGACCCGACAACCCCCGAACAACUCCAAUCAGGCCUCUCCUCUUUUACCAUGGAUGCCUUAUUGUCUACCAACCCAACCAAAGCCAUAGUCGGCCCCAGCCUUUGUGCAAACUGCUACGCCCAUACCAAACCACAGUUUCUGCCACAACAAAAUUUGGAAGCGAUGAUUACCUUGUCUACGAACACGACCACCCAGCCGCUAGGCCAACAUACGGACCACGGCCCGGCCUGCGCUAGUGGAGCAGGGUCCAAAGUAUGGACGACUCCCCUCCAUAUUUCCGUCGCUCACGGCCAUCUCUGGGCUGUGCGCCUCCUCCUUGACCACGGCGCCGAUCCUAACGCCAUUGACGGAGCCGGCUCCACCGUGCUUCAUACAGCCGUUCAACGCGGCCAUCACACCAUCGUGCGGGAGCUGCUUCGGCAUAAUGCGGAUCCGAGCUCCGUAGACGUGGCAGGGUGGCUACCGUUGCAUUAUGCUGCCGAGGCGGGCGAUGAAAAUUGCAUGCGGGCUUUACUGCAGACAGGUGGAGUUAGAAAUUGA